AUGGUGCUCUCCUGCAUCUUCUGCUUCGCGCCCUUCAUUGUGGCCUUCACGGCGGUGUGGGGCGUCGUGGUGGUGAUCUUCAGGGUGGACCACAGCCAGAGCACGCUGGAAGAAUGCAGCGACCUCUACUGGAUCGCCUUCUUUACGUAUUUGGGUCAGCUCAUCCUGGUGGUUUGUAUUUGGGCCUCUUUAUGCUGCAUUGCCACGUCGGCCGGGCUGGGCGUCUUUGUCCUGGGCCGGUAG